AUGAAUACCUAUGAAAAGAGACUUGAAUCGUUCACACUCAACCGCUGGCCGUUGGAUGAUAGUCCCGACCAGAAAUACUCCGUAGAAUUGUUUGCAGCUGCUGGAUUUUAUUUCAGCCCAACUCAAAGCCAUCCAGAUGCGACAUCUUGUUAUUGUUGCGCGAAAGACCUAGAUGGCUGGGAGCCAGAAGAUGAUCCGUGGAUGGCUCACAUAAAGCAUGGAAGAAUGCCAAAAAAAACGGCAAUCCGGUAUUUUUCUUCGCUGCAGUCGCUGGAAAGACGCCCUGAUCACAUUAAAAAGAAUCUCUCCUCUAUAAUAGCAGGCCUUCGAUCAGGACCCGACGAAGUUGCAUGUCCCUUGGUAACCAUGCAUUUAGAGAGAUCAAGGCUAUUCUCAUUUACCUCUGGAUGGCCCCAUAAGGACGAUGGUUUGCAAGAAUUUAAGGCAUCUCCGUUUUCGUUGGCAGCAUCCGGCUUUUUCUUUUAUCCAUCAUUAAGCUCGAAUGAUCAAGUUGUAUGCUACCAGUGUGGUUUGGCUCUGAGCGGUUGGGAACCUGAUGACGAUCCAUGGUUUAUCAAGUUUGAACAUUGCAAAAGACGUCCCGAAUGUCUCCAUAUUAAAGGAUCACCGGCCGAACCAUAUUCAUUCACUUCAAUAUUUAGCACAUGUCCAUCCCUUUUACCAAUAUCGCCAAAUGCAUCGAUAACCCUUAUUGAUGAAGGACCGAAAUAUCGAUUGAUAACAGCCAAAAUGUCAAACGAAACAUCCGAUGUAUCUCAUGACCUUCCUUCGGUUGAAAAGUCGAGGAAAAAGCACACUUUCAAGCCAAAAGUCAGAAGAUCUCAGAUCUUUUCUCAAAACGCACAAAAUACGCCAGUAUCCGCCUCUAGAAUAAAAGAAAUCAUACAGAAAUCAAGAGAUUCCAACCAAUUCAAGGAGACUGACGAACCAGACAAAAACUUGCAGCCCAGAGUUUGUUCUAUUGAUUCUCGCCAAUCUGGACCAAUCAUGCAGCCCUAUUGUUCGCUUGAAGAAUUUGAAAAAAUCUCAUCAAUGACAGUUGGCACGUAUGUUGAGUGGAUCGGCAACGAAAUUGUACAUGUCUUUGAUAGAAUUACAAAUGGCACCCUCUGGUAUCUUCCAGGAGCUUCUUUAUGUAUCUGUUAA